CUUUUCGCAACGUGGAGACAAAAAGAAGAACGCAGUCCACACACACACUGUAAAGAAGAACAAACUCAGAGAGGCGAACGAAACCUUUUUUCAUUGGAAAUUGUCAGGGCGAGAGAAUCGAAUCGAAUCCUCCGUAGUUUGGAUCGAUCAUGCCUCCCGGUGCGAAGAAGAGAAAAGCGUUGAAGAAGAAGCAGCAACAACAGGAAGCGAUUGGAACAAGUACGAACACUAAGGGCGAUAAUCUCAACGGAAAUGACGAACAUGGAAGCCAAGAUGAUAGGGAAAGUGAUAGCACUUUGAGCUCCCCUGGUUCCCAAGGGAAUGAUGAAUUUGGUGUGACAUCUGCUGCUAUAUUAUCCGUUUUGGUGGUGAAGGACACUGCUAAAGAGAUACCUCAAGGAUUAGGAUCCAAAAGUGUCAACACUCUUCUGGAGAAAUCUCCCAUUUCCUCUACUGAUAACACUACUCAGAUUGCUAAAUACAUAGCUCCUCACGAUCCUUGUGUUAAGGAGAUCGCUCCUGUUGUCGAUUCUGUUUCUAAUGUAGUGGUUUCUGAAAAGAGUGAGCAUGCCGAGACCUCAACACACUCAGAUUUGGUCAAGCACAAGUCUGCGAAACUGGAAAAAGAUAAUGGUAUGGUGGCUACUCUUCCAGCUUCUGCUGAUGAAGUUACCCAAAAAGUGGAGAGUGUAAGAGAAUCUGAAGCUCCAGUAUCCUCUGAGGAAAAGCGUCUUUCGUUGCCUGGUCCACAAGCCGUCCGAACUUCGUGGUUAAGUUGCUGCGGUUUGUUUGAUGCUGUGACAGGAUCUGACAGAUGA